AUGUUUGAGUCUUCCAAACCAUAUUCGGCAGUGACCGUGCAGAUCGAGGUACUCACAAGUGAACAAUAUGAGGUCGAAGAUUCCAGUGGUAUUGUCGAUCUGGUGGAAGUAGUUCGCAUUCAAGCCAGCGGCCCAACGGAAGCAAGUCGGGCUCUGCGCAAGAAGCUAAAAUACGGCAACCUCCACCGACAACUUCGCGCGCUCGUGAUCCUCGACUUCCUGGUGCAAAAUGCCGGAGAUCGCUUCCUGCGCGGGUUCGCUGAUGAAGCACUCCUCGAACGACUUCGAAUCGCGGCUACGGAUUCCGUCUCCGACCCUCUCGUGAAACAGAAAUGCAAACAAAUCUUCGGACAAUGGGCUUCGACUUUCAAGGAUACCCCCGGGAUGGCGAAGGUCACGGCGCUAUACAAACAACUUCCCAAGCGGAAGCAACCUGCCACCCAGGCAAAGGCCAAGGUCCUCCGUGAGGGCUCCAACUCCAAUAGAAAUGAGCCUCCUAUGGGCCACGUUGUCUCUGUAUCAGGAGGCAGUGGACCAUCCACCCUGCUGACGAGCCCCAAGCAGAAGGCCAAGGCAAAGAAAGACAAGAAAGACAAAAAGCUUGGACUCAGUAGCAGCAGCAGCAGGAAAUUCGACUUGGAAAAAGAGCGCCCUGAAAUCUUACAAGCGCUUGCAGCUUCAUCUGUGGCUAGCACGAAUCUAUUGAACUCACUGAAGUUGGUCAACCGUGAAACACACCGCGUGAGCGAAGACGCAGAAUGUAUCCAUGGAUUCGACACUUGCAAGGAUCUUCGUCACGGUAUUCUUCGAUACAUCCAAUACAUCGAAAGCGAAGAGUUCCUGGGUGGUCUGAUCCAUGCAAACGAGGAGCUCGUGACUGCAUUGAUGGCCUUCGAGGUUUUGGAUAAGAGUUUGGACUACGAUAGUGACAGUGACGAUGACAUUCUGGAGAACAGCUGGAAGCAAAGACAUGGGCUUGGUCUUGACGAUGAUGUGAAUGGUGGCCUUGCUGGACUUUCAAUUAAUCCCCCCAAGCCACCGCGACCAAAUCUGCCUCUUGCAUCCUCGACUCAGCACUCCCGACAGAUCUUCGAGAGUGAGAGUGAGAGUGAGUCCGAGGAAGAGGAUGACGACAAUCCCUUUGGAGAUCGCAAUGCUAUUAAGACGCCGGGUAUCGAGAAGACCGGACACACCUGGUAUGAUGUGAUCACGAUUUGGAACAGAACCAUUUACUUCUAUCUCAUUUGGUGCAUCUCAAGAUAUUCCUCAAAAUUCAGAAUGGCAGUUACAGAAGUCGCACUGAUCCGACUGAAAACCGACAUCUCACCAACCACAAAGGCAAACCUACGAGCAGCCCAGAAUGCCCAGGGAGAAUAUUCAAAGCACGCCGUCCACUUUUUACAUCAGAUCGAAGACUCGUCGUUCUACUACAUACUAGGUGGAUGGGAAUCUGUCGAGAAACAUACGCACGAGUGGAUUCAGUCCGAAGCCAACCAGCGACUGCUAGGUCUGUUAGCUCAGGAUUUCGAUGUUUGCUGGAUGUUCCAUUUGGAUAUUGAUCCAUCGGCAUCCAAAAUCCCCCUCGAUGCACCGGUCCUCGCAGUGAGCAGGUAUUUUGUCGAGGCUGAUAAGAAGGAUGAAUUCAAUGCUGCUUUCAGAGCUAGUGUGUCUUACUUGGGCGCGCACACUACGCCAUUUUCAUUUUGUGGUGGAUGGCGCAUUGAUAGAGAAGGCAAUGAGCAAUUCGUGCUUUUCAGCGGCUGGAAUGAUGAACGAGAUCAUUCCGAGUUCGUUGAGAGUGAGGGCUUUUCGGAGUUUGUGAAGAUCAAGGAUCUGGUUCAGGGGGUGGAGAUAAAGCACACUCGACUUCAAACGUGGGAGUAG